ACCCUUAGUGUUUUUAUUUUAUUUUUUUGUUGAAGUCAGUUUCAGAGUUUCUGAAAGUACAAAUGUUAUUGCACACCCUCGGCCAAAUUCCUCGUUUGUUACUUCUACAUUCUUCAACAUCCCAACGAAUCCGACCAAUCUCCUCUUCCUCAAUCAAGAUGGCUUCACAAGACUACACUUUUGGACCCUACAAGAUACACCACACUGAAGUCUUCUACUCAACCAAUCUCUCUUAUGCUAUGGUUAACCUGCGUCCUCUUCUCCCUGGUCAUGUGCUUAUCUGUCCAAAGCGCGAAGUUAAGCGUUUUCUUGAUCUAACUGCUGAGGAGACUUCUGAUUUAUGGCUCACUGCACAAAAAGUUGGCAGGCAGCUUGAGAGCUACCACAAGGCUUCGUCACUCACUUUGGCCAUCCAAGAUGGGCCCCAAGCAGGACAGACAGUACCUCAUGUUCACAUUCACGUUGUCCCACGGAAAGGUGGUGAUUUUGAGAAGAAUGACGAGAUAUACGAUGCAAUGGACGAAAAGGAGAAGGAAUUGAAGGAAAAGCUCGAUUUGGACAAGGAGAGGAAAGACAGGAGUGCCGAAGAGAUGUCACAAGAGGCAGAGGAAUACAGAAAACUUUUCUUGUAAACAUUAUAGAUAGAUAGCAAUAGAAUUAGAAUUCUGUCUGUUUAGUGCAAACUUCCGAUUUUCUCAGUAUAGACAAUUUGAUGCACUUCCUUGUGUUAUGGCCACAGAAAAACUUAUCCCAUUAGUUUAGAACUUUGAAUUGUACUUGA